AUUGUUUCAUUUGGUGGUCGACUCAGACAGAACAGCCACAGAUAUUCUCAAGAUUAUGAACCGACGUAAAAUGCCAGGAAGUGCAACAUUUAUGCCACUCAACAAGAUGAAUACAAGGGAGACCGAAUAUCCUUCACAUAAUGUAAGAACAACUACAGUUAUAAAAUAACAUGUACAGGGUGUCUCUGUCUCAAAAAAACCGCUAUGGAAAUUCAACAGGCUGUCGUGCAUCAUAAAGUGGCUAAACAAUCCAAUUUUUGACCGAAAGACCAGUUAUUAAACUUUUCAAUGAUACUCUUUUUUAAAUCGUAACAAUGAGAAAUGGCCACACACUCGUCAAAUAAAAAUUGCCGGUCGAAAUUACAUUCUUCCACCGUUGAGAAUUGCAUUGAAACGAAACAUAGACAAUUCCCAAGAGGGAAUUAAAGUUGAAUGUUAAAUUAUCUAAAAUGAGCUCAACUCGUAAAUCUUCGUCUUAGUGAGACAAUAAGAACGGCCAUUAUUGCAUUAAACAUGGUUCAAUUAACCACUGAACAGAGAACAUUCGUAAUCAAAACGGUUUACGUAAUCAAAACGUUUUACGAAACGAACACCUUGCAGCAGGCUCGCGUUGCUUUUGGAUUGAUUAACUUGGCAUAAUUAAUGUAUUUUCAAUUGCCAAAGGUGGAAGAAUGUGAUUUCGACCGGCAAUUUUUAUUUGACGAGUAUGUGGCCAUUUCUCAUCGUUAUGCAUGGUUUAAAAAGGUAUCAUAGGAAAGCUAAAUAACUGCUCAUUCGUACUAUGUAAAAAUUAAAUUGUUUAGCUAAGUUUAUGAUGCACAACAUCCUGUUGAAUUUUCAUAGCGUUUUUUUAGACACCCUGUAUAUAACGCGUGCUUUGAUUGGUCGAAACCAUUGUUUGGAUCAGGCCAUCCAAACACGGAAAUUUAAAGUGAAAGUUUUUUAAAGUAAAAUUUUAACACUGAAAGUUGUUAUUUAUAAAACAAUUACUUUAUAGUUUCCGUGUUUGGAUGGCCUGAUCCAAAUAUUUGGGAAUGUUGCGCUUUUCUUAACUCUCGCAACAUUCCUGCGUGUUUGAAUCAGGCCAAUGGUUAAAAAGCAUGCCAAUUAAACAUUAAUACGCACAGUGUGCGUAUUAAGAUUAAUCGGCACGAAUACGAACCCGCGUGCAUGAUUAAACACAAAAUGCCAAAAUCCAAAUAAACAACUUGAAAAUGUACAUUUUCUGAGUUCUUAUUUUACAAUGAGCACUUAUUUAUGCUUUCAUAACGAAGAAAAAGAAGAAAUAAAGAUUAUUACAGAUAUAUGAAUUGAAAAUUAAUGCCAGAAGUUGCUCUAAAAAAGGCGUGUAUGAUUGAAAACAUAAAAUACAAUUGUCAUUGAUUGCUUGUGUAAAAUUGACUAUGAAAUGAUACUAAUAGGAAAUUACACUUGUUCUCCAAGUAAUUCGAAAUAUUAAUGAAAAAUCACACUCUUGGCGAAAUAUUUAUAGUAGCGCUCGUGCUUAUGAUUAUUUCACCAAACACGCGUGCGAUUUUUCAUUAAUAGGGAGUUUAAGCUUCACGUUUCCGGGAACGGCAAACGGCAGGUUCGAACUUUCUUGGCAAAAUUUUUGUUGGACGUUUUCUUUCAUAUUUUCGUUCUUGCUUCGAAAGAAUAAUUAUGUAUUUCAGUUUUAAAACAGCAAGUGUAUACUUACUCUUUAUUUGCCUGAUACCGUAAAAUGUUUCUUUGCCUGCCGUUUGACGUAUAACGCGAAGCUUAAACUUUCUAAUACUUCUCGAACGGUGUAAUUUCCUAUACUAAUAUAUCGGAUCAUUAAUAAAAAUAUCUUGGGGGUACAGUAUUUGUCAAUAGGUUGAAAUUUUAGUUAUCGUGCUGAAAUGCGUUGAAAUUUAGUUAUCGGUUUUAUUAAGUUAUCGUGCUGACAGACAAACCCACACAUACAGACAGACAUACAACCCCGGAUAUAAACAUUACCUCGUGGCGGAGGUAAAAAACAACUAUAGUGUUAUAUUUAUUCUCACUGCAGAGAACCACGAAAAAUUUGUUGUCUCGAACUCGCAUCUUCGGGUUUCUAGACCUCCGCAAAUUGAGCUGUCGAGUCAAAGAUUGGUAUAGCUAGAUUUACCCACUUUAAGUGCGCAAAAUGUUUUGCAACGACUCAAUGCUUGUCUUGGAGGACGCGCAGUGUUUCAAUUUUAUUUCAGAACAAUCUUCAAAUAUAUUUUAAAAAUCAUUAAUAAUUCACGAGGAAAAUGCAAAAGAAAUUAAUGUUUAAUCAAUGUUUGUAAAUCGGAUAAAGAUUUGUCCUGAUUUACAUAAACUUCAGUUUUGAUUUUCUCGGCUUAGACAAUGUUUAUUUUUAAAAUUACUUCGCCAAUGAACUCAUAAGAUGCGUCAUUUUUUAAGUACGAUAAAACAUUCGCUUCCGAUCUGUAUCUGAUAUACAAACUCUCACCUUCAGCUCGAGUUUGUAUAUCAGAUACAGAUCGGCUGCUGAUGUUUCAUCUAGUACAUAGCGUUCGCACAUGACGUCACAGCCGCCAUGUUGGCGUUCCAAUUCAAAAGAAUUUUAAUUAGACUCUUCUGGAACACCAACAUGGCCGCCAUGGUUUUCGUUGAGUUGGAAUGAGUGCAAACGUUCUAUAGAGAACGUUCGAGAAAUUCGGGAGGUGCAUGUCUCCAGGUAGUAUACCCAGUUUAAUUUCAGGACCGGGCACACCCCUGGUCAUGACCAGGUGACCAGUUUAAUUUCAGGAGGUGCACACCCCUGGUCAUGACCAGGUGAGGGUAUCCACUAUCCAGACUCCUGUAAUCCAGCGUUAACUAGGUGUAUGUGUAUAUUGCAGGAUGUGUUUCCAAUGAUCCGUGAACUUCAGUUUGAUCCAAAGUUUCGCCAAGCGAUGUUGACCGUGUUUGGUAAAACAUUGAUGUGUAGGGAUAUUGAUGUUGCCUCACAGUAUUCCAAGAGUGCCAACUUAGAUUGUGUUACUAUGGAAGGUAUGUAUGUCCAACGCCGCGGAAAGACGUCUGCGCAUGCGUCAACAUUACUGAAAUCUGUAUUGCGAACGUGAUGUCAAGUGUUCCGAAUGUUGUCAAAACCUCAAAAUGGAAGCGACUUCGAUGCUUUGCCUUUUCUAUGAAAAUGUAAGCGGGAUAAUGAACGUGACAACCUAAAAACUAGAAAUAAUUAUAGUCUAUACAUGUGCAAGAAGUAGUAUUAACUAUUAUGCAAGAAAAUAAACCAAAGGUGACUGUCGAUAAAUUUAUUGUAAUAAAACGUUCUUUAACUGAACCAUACAAAGAUAUUUUUCGUAGGUUCAUAUGAUCCACAUUUUUGUCAAUAACUUUUUUUGCGUGGCAUGUAUAAUUUUUGCGUUGACUAUAUUUAAGGGUAAUGAUUUACUCCAUAUUUUAAUCGUGUGCAAAUGCUUAAUUAACUAUUCGAUAGUUUUCUUAACUUUUGUGCUUAAGUUCGGUAUUCGACAAUUUUUCAAGAAAUGUUCACACGCCUCCCGGUCUUAAACGGUAAUUUUUAACUUAAAUGUUAGGAAACUUUUUAUUGAUGUAUAAACUACCGGUCUAGUGUAUUUUUUGUUUGUUUCAAUUACCUUAAAUGAUUAAAAAGCCAUGUUUUUGUUGACAGUUACGAUUUUGGUGUUGUAUGGACGUUUUGUAGCCUUGUUGCAUGGUUGUUUUGAUCUUACAAACUAUACGCCGACAAGUCGACAAUAAUACAAAGGUUUCCUUUUCCGAUUGACUCUGGCAUCUUUUGCUUUAAAUAUCAUGUUAUAUUUUCUCAGAAGUAUCUUUUUCAACUUUCAAGCUCAGUUUUAUAGAUAACAUUUUCGAAAAAAGCCGUAUUAUAUUUUCGAAAAAGAGCUGCCAUAGCCGACAGCAAAAAAACAUUUUGUCAAUUUUCUCGCGUUUUUUCCCCGUAUCCUAUUCCUAGGAUACGAGGCCUCCAUCACGAUUUAUGAAUAAGGUCUAUUGUAUUGAGUAAUGUCUAACUUAAAUUUUGGUAUGUAGACCCUAGACAUAAAUCGCAAUCGGUGCCUCGUAUCCUAUGAAACGGGAAUAAACGCGGGAAAAGUGAUAAAAAGAUCUUUAACUGCCGGCUAUGUUUUACUACAGCUACUAUUUUUCGCUUCUGGAUAAACACCAUCGCUACGUUGUGACAUUUUCACAUUUUCCACACAAAAAAGGGAUAAAAACCGGUCGUUUUUAUAAUAUACUCGUUUACAGCUUUCGUUGUGGGUACAAAAUCUGACUUAAGAUACACACACAAAUCGUUAUAAAUCGAAAUAAGCAACAAGAAACAGGCCGACCCAAUGGCAUCUGAGUUUGGCUUGCGAAGCAGUUUUCGCUUGUUUUCCCGCGUUUAUUCCCGUUUCCUAGGAUACGAGGCCUCGAUUGCGAUUUAUGAAUAAGGUCUAUAGCGUGUGUAUUUUAAUACAGUAUUGACUGAGAUAACUGCGUUUAAAAUUGAGUUAACGUAUCUGGAAAUGUCGAGUGCGUAGUUACACUGCAGUCGAAAAGUAUUCGUUCGUUUUCCAAAAAAAUGCAACUUAUUAGGAAAUGCAUGUAAUGCAAUUUCUUGCCCGUGUGAGCAUGCAGUCGAAGAAAUUUCAGAUCAUCUGGGGAUCCAGGUGGCAGGAUCCAUGCUGUUACAAUUGCCUCACGAAGCUCUCUCAAAUUAUUUGGUUCUUGAUCAUUGAUGCUUCAAGUAGCUUCAAAGAAAAAAAUCGCACACCGUCAGUUCAGAAUUAGUCUUUUCCCAAAAGAGAUCACAAUGCAUUCUGGGGAUCGUUUGGAGGGACAAAUCUACUAUUAAAUAUCUUCUAUCAAAUAUCUUCUAUCAAAUAUCUUCUAUUAGAUAUCUUCUAUCAAAUAUCUACUAUCAAAUAUCUACUAUCAAAUAUCAACUUUUUAGACGACCAGGAAUGAAAUAUCUCUUUUUACAUUAAACAGUUAAUUUAAAUGUCCGCUGCCAUAUUUCUUGUCCCUCCAACAUGGGAUUCGCGCACUAGACCAUGCAGGACUUUGGGAAAUGGCUAAUUGCAUUUCGCCUAAUAAAUGUGCGCGUGGGGAAAGAAUAUAAGCGAAUAAUUUAAUUCUAUACUUCAUAUUGUAGGUGAUCAGGUCAGUCGCCGUGGAGCUCUGACUGGAGGUUAUUACGAUACAAGAAAAUCACGCUUAGAUUCCCAGCGUUCUAUACAGGAAGUUAAUACGGAGAUCGAGACUUACCGAGCGCGUCACGGGGAAGUCCGAGAACAACUUGAACGUAUCCUUUUCAAUACAUAUUUUCACGGCGCACCACGGAUACUGUACCUUGGCUUGUGAUCGCUAAGUCAUUUGACCAUGGUCUUAGCAGCCUGCUGUCUGAUGGGCAGCCAUUCUAGAAUUUGGCGACGGCCAAUUAUCUCAUUAUAGAGACAUCCGUAACUGCUACUAUCAGAUUCGUUUAAUCUGCGCGAUUCAAAUGCGUAUAUUAAACCAGUGAGAGGUAGCAAUAGUGGAAGACAAAUUUGGACAUCUCUGUUAACACCUUUCGGACGCUUCUAAAAAUCUGUAUAUUGUACCGUACACGAUAACUUCAAUUUGCAAAAUAGCAUAUAGCGAUCAUCUACAAUAGGUCUUCAUAUUUUAUAAUCUUGUCAUUGUUCUCUUCCAUUUUCUAUGAGUGAUUGUUUUGUCCAUUAUUCAGUGGCAGUCAAAUCUGAGGCAAUUCUAAAUUAGUUUUCUUAUAUGUAUUUCGCUCCAAAAAUUCAUCUAAUGGCAUCACAUGGACAUCUCUGUUAAAUUAACACCUUUCGGACGCUUCUAAAAAUCUGUAUAUUGUACCGUACACGAUAACUUCAAUUUGCAAAAUAGCAUAUAGCGAUCAUCUACAAUAGGUCUUCAUAUUUUAUAAUCUUGUCAUUGUUCUCUUCCAUUUUCUAUGAGUGAUUGUUUUGUCCAUUAUUCAGUGGCAGUCAAAUCUGAGGCAAUUCUAAAUUAGUUUUCUUAUAUGUAUUUCGCUCCAAAAAUUCAUCUAAUGGCAUCACAUGGACAUCUCUGUUAAAUUAACACCUUUCGGACGCUUCUAAAAAUCUGUAUAUUGUACCGUACACGAUAACUUCAAUUUGCAAAAUAGCAUAUAGCGAUCAUCUACAAUAGGUCUUCAUAUUUUAUAAUCUUGUCAUUGUUCUCUUCCAUUUUCUAUGAGUGAUUGUUUUGUCCAUUAUUCAGUGGCAGUCAAAUCUGAGGCAAUUCUAAAUUAGUUUUCUUAUAUGUAUUUCGCUCCAAAAAUUCAUCUAAUGGCAUCACAUGGACAUCUCUGUUAAAUUAACACCUUUCGGACGCUUCUAAAAAUCUGUAUAUUGUACCGUACACGAUAACUUCAAUUUGCAAAAUAGCAUAUAGCGAUCAUCUACAAUAGGUCUUCAUAUUUUAUAAUCUUGUCAUUGUUCUCUUCCAUUUUCUAUGAGUGAUUGUUUUGUCCAUUAUUCAGUGGCAGUCAAAUCUGAGGCAAUUCUAAAUUAGUUUUCUUAUAUGUAUUUUGCUCCAAAAAUUCAUCUAAUGGCAUCACAUCCGGCAACUUUAACAGUGAAAAAAUUAACCAAGGUGAGGUUUUUUGUAAAGAUAAUAUUUUACAUUUCUUAUUAGGAUGACCCAGACAUUACAUAGACCAAAAGUCGUGUUUUUUGGUAGUGACGCUUCGAUAUCUCGAAAACAUGCAGGUACCGAGAAAGUGUAAAUAACUUACAUCAUAAUUGAGCAUUUAAGAUUCGUUCUUACCAAUUCAAUUAAUUUCAAAUGUCCACAAAAGUAAAAAAAAAUAUUGAAAUAUAGGUUCUUCGCUCAUAAUGUUACCAUGAUGUUAAUGCACCUUAACGCGAUCACAGAAAUUGAUGGCGUGAUUACAGGCGUUUUAGGUGAACUUCAAAGACUGGAGAGUACACUCAUGACAUUAAAGUGAGUACAGAUAUCCCUAUAGAUUUUACCGACUUAAUAAAUGUAGAUGUACAUGUAGAUGAAACAAUUGUAGUUAAAUUACAGAGGAUCAAAUUGUAGUUGCAGGCUUUACUGCGUCUGCAAUUGAAUGAAAAUGAUGCAAUGCGCUGUUUUAAAGAGCCCAGGCAAUAAAAUCCAACCUCAUUUCUGUAUGGUUGUAUGACCAAUAUCAAAUUGACCUGUUGAUAUAUUUUCUACAAUUUUGCUAAUUUACUUCUUUCUUGAUAUAAUUCUCCAUGUACGAUAUUAAUUGAUAUUGACGUAUUCUAAUUUACAAAUCUACUCUUUAGAGAGACUUACGACAGACAGAAAUCCGAUGUGAAAACUAAACAGAAAGAACUACAGAACAUGGAAGAAAGUUUAACACAGAAG